AGGGGCCUUCGGAUCCCAGCGCCGCACCGAGAGGAGAGGGAGGGGACGUCUCGGGUUAUUUGGAAGGAUAAAGGGCGAUGACCACACCAGCGGGCUCGGGCACUGGCUUCGGCUCUGUGUCCUGGUGGGGCCUGUCCCCGGCGGUUGACCUGCAAGCUGAGAGUCCUCCUGUGGACCCAGACUCACAGGCCGUUACAGAGCACGGGACCCCCGAGCUAAAUGUGCUGCUGUUGGGCUCCGUGGAUGGGCGACACCUGCUACGUACCCUGGCCCGGGCGGCUCUCUGGCCUCGAAGGAGGUUCCGUUUUUAUGUGCUGGAGAAUAAUAUGGAAGCUGUAGCCCGACACAUGCUGAUUUUCAGCCUAGCCCUGGAGGAUCCUGAGAAGAUGGGGUUGCAAGAGAGGAGCGAGACCUUCCUGGAGGUGUGGGGGAACGCGCUGCUGCGCCCCCCUGUGGCCGCCUUCGUGCGCGCCCAGGCCGGCCGCCUGGCUCGCCUCGUCCCGGAGCCCGAUCGCCUGGCGGAGCAGCUGCCCUGGCUCAGCCUGGGCGCCCUGAAGUUCCGCGAGCGCGACGCCCUGGAGGCCGUGUUCCGUUUCUGGGCCGGAGGGGAGAAGGGGCCCGAGGCUUUCCCCAUGAGCCGCCUGUGGGACUCGAGGCUGCGCCACUACCUGGGCUCCCGGUACGACGCCCGGCGCGGUGUCAGCGACUGGGACCUGCACAUGAAGCUGCACGAUCGCGGGGCCCGAGUCAUCCACACCAGUGAGUUCCGGCGCUGGAGGGACACAGGAGUCGCCUUUGAACUCAGAGACUCCAGCGCUUAUCACGUGCCCAACCGGACCCUGGCGUCCGGUCGCCUCCUGAGCCACCGCGGGGAGCGCGUAGCAGCGCGCGGGUACUGGGGGGACAUCGUCACGGGGCCCUUCGUGGCCUUCGGCAUCGAAGCGGACGACGAGACCCUCCUGAGGACCAGCAACGGGCAACCUAUCAAGACCGCGGGCGAGAUCACGCAGCACAACGUGACGGAGCUGUUUCGAGAGAUGGCCGCCUGGGGGCGCACGAGAGCCGCCCAGGGAGACCCCGCGCAGGUGCAAGGCGACGCGGAUGGAAGCCCGGAGCCUGUCUUCCCUUCCCCAGCAGCCCCUGUCCCGGAAUCCUUCACUGUCCACUUCCUGUCCCUCGGUUCUGCCCAGACCCUUCACCACAAGAGCUGCUACAAGGGACGGUUCCAGCUUCUCUACGUGGCCUGUGGGAUGGUCCACCUUCUCAGCCCUGAGCUCGGUGCCUGCGUGGCCCCCGGAGGACGCCUCAUUGUCGAAUUAGCCCAGUUCCUAGUGGACCUGCGUCAGGAGCAGCUGCAGGGGUUCUCCACCCGGGUCGCGGAGUUAGCACAGGCGGCUGGAUUCGCCCCACAGCCGGGGGCCAGGCGCUCGCAGACCUUCGAGCGCUUCUACAAGGCCGGAGACUCUGCUCCCAGCCACAAGGACCCAGCUGUGGGAUCUGGGACUCCGCCACCGGGAGUCCUGGCCCCGCCCCUUGAGGCAACCAACCCUCCCCCCGAAGACCUGAGCCAGCCCCUUGAAGGCGGGAUCCCACCCUCUGAACCCCUCAAACGGCCCUCAGAGUCUCAGGCUUCACUGUUGGAGGCUUUGGUUCCACCCACAGGGAGUCAGACCCCCACACCAGAGAGUCUGACUGUACCUCCAGAGACCAACUCCCCAAUCCCUAACUUCUAAAGUCGGGUCUUAGGAUCAGAACGCGCCUCUAGAAUACUCAAUUAUACUCCCAGCAUUCUCACUCAGCGCCAGAGGUGUCGCUAGAAUUUCAGAUUCCAUUCCUGGGAUUCUAUAUUUUAUUCCUAGAAUUCUAGAUUGUUCUCUUGAGUUCUACAUUCCGCUCCCAAGACUCUAAAACCAGCCUGGAGAUCCGGCCCUGGGGCUCAGGCCCUCUGCGUGGUCCCCUCAUCCCCAGGCAUCCCACUCCUAACUAGGGGCUGGGGGUGUCUCCUCUCACAGGCUGGUCAACACUAGGGUGGUCAAAGUAAAGAGAGCCAGAUCUUCUUCCCCGUGUGUCCGUGUGUCUUUCCUGCCUGUCUGUCUCCAGGGCUGGGAGAGGGGAGGGGCAGGAGUGUUCAGGAGAGGAGACUCGAGACCAGAUUUCUGGGUUCCCAAGAGGGCCAGGGGUGAAUUUCUCCGUGCUGCCUGCUGAGAGCCUGGGCACCCCACACCUGGAUUCUCAAAUAAAUCAGCAAAAUUUAUGGAAUGGCUAACAGGUUUGGGGCACUGAAACUGGCCAUAACAGGGUAAAAAAGAGUUCCGGCCCUCAAGGAGAAUUACAA